CUAUUUUUGUCCUUCGGUCGCCGCCAUUGCUGCCAAACACAUACCCGCAGCUGUUUUGCAGUAAAAUUGACACAAAUCCCCUUUCUUUAAAUAGUGUGUAGCUUUUACCAGCGGAGACGCGUACAUGGACUCAACAUUUAGCUCAUUUCUGUCGAAAUUGCACAACGCUAGCAGAGACAAUAACUUAUAAAAGCUAACGUUAGCUAACCUAUUGUACGGGAGCUAGGCGGUUUCUGCGACGCGUUCAGUGUCUGUUUUUAUUUUUCCCUUCCUCCCCUUGUUGGUCACUAGCUCUUAUAGAUAUUUCAAAGAUGUCGCUACACGGUAAACGUAAAGAAAUCUACAAAUACGAGGCACCGUGGACAGUUUACGCCGUGAACUGGAGUGUGCGCCCGGAUAAGCGUUUCCGCCUGGCGCUCGGUAGCUUUGUGGAGGAAUACAAUAACAAGGUUCAGAUAGUUGGUCUAGAGGAAGAAACCUCCGAGUUUGUGUGUCGAAACACGUUCGACCAUCCCUACCCGACCACCAAGAUCGUGUGGAUUCCAGACACCAAAGGAGUGUACCCCGACCUGCUGGCCACCGGCGGAGACUAUCUGAGAAUCUGGAGGGUGAGCGAUACAGAGACUCGUCUGGAGUGCCUGCUCAACAAUAACAAGAACUCUGAUUUCUGUGCACCGCUCACAUCCUUUGACUGGAACGAGGUGGACCCAAACCUGUUAGGGACGUCCAGUAUCGACACCACCUGUACAAUCUGGGGGCUGGAGACCGGACAGGUGCUGGGCAGGGUCAACCUAGUGUCAGGUCAUGUCAAGACACAGCUCAUUGCCCAUGACAAAGAGGUGUAUGACAUCUCUUUCAGCCGAGCAGGCGGCGGCAGGGAUAUGUUUGCGUCAGUGGGAGCGGACGGCUCGGUCCGCAUGUUUGACCUCCGUCACCUCGAACACAGCACUAUAAUCUACGAAGACCCCCAGCACCACCCACUGCUCCGGCUCUGCUGGAACAAGCAGGACCCCAACUACCUGGCCACCAUGGCAAUGGACAGCAUGGAGGUGGUGAUCUUAGAUGUGCGUGUACCCUGUACUCCGGUGGCCAGACUAAACAACCACAGAGCCUGUGUCAAUGGAAUCGCCUGGGCGCCACACUCCUCCUGUCACAUCUGUACAUCAGCGGAGGACCACCAGGCUCUAAUCUGGGACAUCCAGCAGAUGCCGCGAGCCAUUGAGGACCCUAUACUGGCCUACACUGCAGAGGGAGAGAUCAAUAAUGUCCAGUGGGCCUCCACCCAGCCCGACUGGAUCUCUAUCUGCUACAACAACUGCCUGGAAAUCCUCAGAGUCUGAGCAGCAGUCAUGAAGAAAUGAGGCAAAUCAAAAACAUUCUUAGUUGGAUUUACAAGCUCAUAUGACUUUGUUGAAGAUAAUUCUUUGUUCGAGAAGGACGGCGCAGUAUUCAGGUCAUGCUCGUAUUGGGUUCAUGUUGAUACAGGUGAUGUGCGUAAAGUUUUUUUAACUGAGUGAGAACUAGCGUACGUUACUGCUUGACUUUGUAAUACAAUACCAAGACAUCCUGUAUCAGAAGUCAACGGACCACCAAAAUAAAAGUGGUAACCAAGUAUCAAGAAACCAAAAGACUGUUAAAUACAUUGUCAUGUACAGACAUGACAUCAAGGUUCAGUAGUCUACAAGCUUUCAGCAUGUUGUCUCAUAGACAAAUAGUAGUCAGUUACAUGUUUUAUUCAUUAUUUUGAUGCAGCAAAAAUGCAGUUUAGCCAUAUUUAAAAGUGGAUUGAAUGUUGUUUGUGUUCAUGUACUCGAUUGUUUUUUUAUGUGUGUAUAUAAUGUGUUUUAAUCAACUGAAUAUCAUUUGUGAUAUGAAAAAAAAUCUGUUGUGAUACAUUAAUAAUAUUUGCAACCUUUAACUAGUAUUAACUGACCAUAAUACAGAUUUCUUUUGUAAUUUGUGCAUCAUUUUUUUUAUUAAUAGCAACAUUAUUUUAUUUUAUACAGAAAUAAACAGUCCCUCAUCAAAGUUUUUUAUAUUUAGACAACAGUUUAAAUUAUUUCACAGUGAUGUGACUCAUCAACAUAUUGAUAAGAAACUAUAGUACAGAUUAACAGUUAGAAAUGAUAGGUUGAAAAGGUGUAUUAUUCCAGAUACUGUAUAAUACUGAGAAAACACUGCCUGAAGUACAUCAUCCAAAAUCUGUACAAUAUAGAGAAUCUUACAUUUUUGUCAAACAGCCUAGAAAUUUGACAUUGUAUCAUGAAUGCUGUGAGUCUUGUUGUGAUUUUGGGAUUGGGAUGGUAUGUAAAAUACGUAGGAGUGGACAGUAGCUAUUUCUUACCUGUUCCAGUGUGGGGUCAUGAUGUGUGAUUAUUUGCUGAACAUAAAUACAGAAAACCA